UUUUUCUUAAUAUUUACUCAUAAAUGAUUUUUUCUCUCUCUAAUAAAACAUACUAACAUUUUUCCCUUACCAACAACACACAUACCCUUUUUCCCCUUUUCCUCUCAUUCUUCUUCUUCUCUUCCUCUUCCUCACUUUUCGUUUGCACUGUGUUAAUGGUUUGCACCAAUCGUCACUGUCAUUGAAACCCUAGUUUGGAUACUUUUCUUUGUUGUCAGGAUAGAGAUUGAAAAACACACAGCAAAGCUGUUCUCUAGGGUUUGAAUUUAUGUCCCACAAUCAAUCAAGGGCUGACACUCGCGAGUCGUCUCAGUACAGGAGAACCGCCCGAUCCGGUAGCUUUAAUCAGCACCGCGGCGGCCGAGGAAGUGGUGGCGGUGGCGGAGGCGCCGCCCCUCCUCCUGUUUCUUCAACCUCCAAUCCAUCUUUGACUUCUAAUAGAAGUUUCAACAAGAAGUAUUAUAAUGCUCAAGGAGGGCAACCUAGGGUAAGUGGCGUUGGUGCUGGCUCUGAUUCUCAUCUGAAUGGUGCUCAUCAGCAACAACCAUCGCAUGGAGUAUCAGAUGUUUCUGUUGCUAUUGCGCACACACCUCUUCCCAGUGCUACUGUUAAGCCAACUGAUGCUUCGACUCAAAAGGUUACUCGAGCAGUGCCACGAGCUCCAACUUCUAAUGUCGUCCCUCCAAUCUCUGAGUCGUCUGCACCUGUCACUCCUGCAAAGAAUCCAGGAGAUGCAUCUAAGUCAUUUCCACUUCAAUUUGGAUCCAUAAGUCCCGGUGUCAUGAAUGUUCUUCAGAUACCUGCGCGAACAAGCUCAGCUCCACCAAAUCUGGAUGAGCAGAAGAGAGCCCAGGCUCGUGGUGACACUUCAAGAGCUAUUCCUUCGUUGCCAAAUCCAUCCACUUCCAAGCAGCCUAUGCCAAGAAAGGAUGCAGGACCCCUCAACCAAUCCAAUCAUAGUGAGGCUUAUGGGGUGGCUAACAAGCCCAAAAGAGAUGUACACAUUUUAGCUCCACCUCCUGUUACUCAAACACAAAAGCCUUCUACACAUCCCAUGCCUGGAAUGCACAUGCAAAUUCCAUUCCACCAGCCACCUCAAGUUCCUGUUCAAUUUGGUGGUCCUGGACCACAAAUUCCAUCUCAUUCCAUGUCUGCUACAUCAUUACCAAUGCCGAUGCAUCUGCCAAUUGUCAAUCCACCUAUGCAGCAGCCAAUGUUUGUCUCAAAUCUUCAACCCCACCCAAUGCAGUCUCAAGGGAUGAUGCAUCAGGGGCAGGGCUUGAAUUUUUCAUCAGGAAUUGGGGCUCAGCUGCCUCAGCAAUUGGGGAACAUGGGAAUGAAUAUGCCAUCACAGUUUUCUCCGCAGCAGGCUGGGAAGUUCCUAGGUCAACGUAAAAGUGUGAAGAUAACUCACCCGGAAACUCAUGAAGAAUUGAGGCUUGAAGAGAGGUCACACCCUAAUAUGCCACCUCAAUCACAGCCUAUUGCAUCAUAUUCUCCCAGUCAUCCUAACUAUUAUCCCAACUCUUAUAAUUCCAAUUCUGUUUACUUUCAAGCUCCAAGUUCUAUUCCUCUCAGUAACACUCAGAGUUCUCAGCCACCAAGGCCUUUUAAUCAGGUGACAGUGAAACCGGCUGCUGGAGGAAUACAUUCAGGAAAAGAGCAGUUACCAUCUGUUAGUUCUUCUUUUGGAAAAGAUCCAGUGAGGCUCUCAAAGCCAUGUGGAGGAGAUUCAGCUCACUCUCAGAAAGACGCAAACACUUCACAUCAAAGCUCCACCACUCAGUCAAGGACUGGCGAUGGCUCAAAAUCUUCUUCAAGGCCUGUAGAAAAUAUACAAUCUACUAAAGGGGCUGAUUCUAUCUCAGGGAAGAGCUCAGCAGCUGGCAUAUUGUCAUUGACCUCUCAAGCUCCCAUUGAGUCUUCAACAUCUCUAAUUAGAGAUAGUAGUGUAGAUGCAGCUAGUGAAACACUUGGUGGCCCAGACUCCACUGAAGAUCAAAAGAAAAAACAAGUAACUAGGGGACAAUUGACUGUUCAAGAUAAGGCUCUUGGGAAAUGUACCUCAGUUUCAAUUCAGACUCCCCAGUAUCCACUAACCACACUCGUUGAGGUCAAUACUGCUGCCUCAGUGAGCACUGCUGUGAACACUAGGGAAAGUCUAUCUCUGUCAGAGUCCGCUGAAUUGAGAAGUCAUAUUACUGGAAAUUGUGGAAAGGAAGAUUUGUCUGAACCUUUGGAUUCCAGAAAUCAGGAUGCGGGCAAACCAGUACUUAAAACUGGGGAUAGAAAUGAAGUAGCAUUGUCUAAGGCCGGGAAGCAGGACGAGAAUAAUAGCUUGAAGCCACCUUCAGAAUCUCUUCCGGUAGAAUCUCCUGAGGUGUCUGGCCUAACUGAAGGGGGUUCUCCAAAGAGAGCAGCGUAUGCCAAUAUUGAGAAUGGUCGACCAGAAAUUGGAGUGGAGCACAUGAAUGAAUCUGUAGCUUGUUCAACUGGAGUUGAUAGCAUAGCUGAUAGCUUUACAUCAUCCACUUCUAACCAGGAUUCUACUAAUACCGAGGCUUGCACAUCAGCAAUUGGUCUAUCGGCUCAAGAUGAUCAGGAAUCAGAUAUUGCGGACCCCGAAGAAGCUCCUGUUACAAAGUCGGUUGACGCAAGUCAGGAGUUCGCCUCUGAUUUGUUGAAGAGUUCUGAUGAGGCCACUUCAAAGAGUGAAGAUGAAAAUACUGAAACUAGUAACGCCGGUUUAGUUUCCAAGUCGUCAUCUGGCGUCAAGGAGAAAUCUUUGGUGGAUUCCAAUGUGCCUAAGGUCACUAUGUCUAGGGGUAAAAAGAAGAAAAAAGACUUAUAUAAGAAGGCAGAUGCUGCUGGUGCGACUUCUGAUCUUUAUAUGGCGUACAAAGGUCCAGAGAAGAAGGAUGAACUUAGUCAAUCAAUCGAAACCAUUGAACUCACUUCUAAAGAUGACUCUAUGCCUCCAUCUGCCAAUGUGCAUCAGGAAGAUCUUAGAUCAACUAAGAAGGUUGGUGAGGUUAAAGCAGAGCCAGAUGAUUGGGAGGAUGCUGCAGAUGUAUCUACUCCUAAACUAGAAAUUGCUCCUGAACAUAGAAAGGUUGAUGGUGAAGAUGGUGAUGGUGUGACUACCAAGAAAUAUUCAAGAGACUUCUUGCUUAAAUUUGCAGAGCAAUGCAUUGAUAUUCCUGAGGGUUUUAAUGUUGCUCCUGAUGUUGCGGAUAUUCUAAUUAACUUCAAUGCCAGUGCUAUGCGUGAGCCAUUCCCUAGUCCAGGAAGAGGUACUGAUAGGCCGUCCAGCGGACAUCGUGAACGUCGCGGAAGUGGCGUUGGGGAUGGAGACAAGUGGAAUAAGAUGCCUGGGCCUCCUAUGCCUGGUCGAGAUUUUCAGCCAGACAUUGGCUUUGGGGGAAAUGGUGUGGGGUUCCGACCUGGCCCAGGAGGCAAUUCUGGUGUUCUGCGGCACCCGCGAGGUGCAAUGCCCAUUCAAUAUGCCAUGGGUCAGUAUGCUGUGGGUCAGUAUGCCAUGGGUCAGUUAGCCACUGGGGGAAUACUAUCUGGACCAAUGCAAUCCAUGGGUCCACCUCAGGGAGGAGGCCUGAGAAAUGGAGUUGAUGCUGACAGGUGGCAGCGUGGAACUGCUUUCCAAAAGGGUUUAAUGCCGUCUCCUCACACACCUGCACAGAAUAUGCACAAAGCUGAAGUAAAGUAUGAAGUAGGUAAAGUAACAGAUGAGGAACAAGCCAAGCAGAGACAGCUGAAAGCUAUCUUAAAUAAGCUUACUCCCCAGAACUUUGACAAAUUAUUCCAGCAAGUGAAAGAAGUUAAUAUUGACAAUUAUGUCACACUCAAAGGUGUAAUUUCUCAGAUAUUUGACAAAGCUUUGAUGGAGCCAACUUUUUGUGAGAUGUAUGCCAAUUUUUGUCAACACCUAGCAGCCGAGUUGCCUGAUCUGAGUGUAGACAAUGAAAAAAUCACUUUUAAGAGGUUACUUCUAAACAAAUGUCAGGAAGAGUUUGAGAGAGGGGAAAGAGAAGAACUAGAAGCCAAUGUAACUAACGAGGAAGGUGAGGUAAAACUGUCAGCAGAGGAGAGGGAGGAGAAAAGAGUGAAAGCACGGAGACGAAUGUUGGGCAAUAUAAGACUGAUCGGUGAACUUUAUAAGAAGAAAAUGUUGACAGAGAGAAUUAUGCACGAGUGCAUCAAGAAGUUGUUAGGUGACUAUCAAAAUCCCGACGAGGAGAAUGUUGAAGCUUUGUGUAAGUUGAUGAGUACAAUUGGGGAGAUGAUAGAUCAUGCCAAAGCAAAGGAACAUAUGGAUGCAUACUUUGAUAUGUUGGAGAAGUUGUCAAAUAACAUGAAACUUUCUUCUAGGGUGAGGUUCAUGUUGAAGGAUUCAAUUGAUCUAAGAAAGAACAAAUGGCAGCAAAGGAGAAAAGUUGAAGGGCCUAAGAAGAUCGAGGAAGUGCAUAGGGAUGCUGCCCAAGAACGACAUGCACAAGCUACUAGGCUUGCUCGUACUCCUAGUCUGGGAGGUUCUAGUAGAAGGGGUCAACCUAUGGAUUUUGUUCCCAGAGGAGGGGGUAUGUUGUCUUCUCCGGGCUCCCAGAUGGGGGGUUUCCGUCCUAUGUCUCCACAGGUCCGUGGCUAUGGCAUGCAGGACGUACGGGUGGAUGAGAGGCAUUCUUUCGAGAAUAGGACAUUAUCACUUCCCCUGACCCAGAGGCCUCUUGGUGAUGAUCCGAUCACACUUGGACCCCAAGGUGGUCUUGCAAAGGGAAUGUCUUCCAGGGGCCAACCUGCUGGACCAAGCAUUGAUAAUAUGUCAAGUUUUGGAGACUCUCGAAGGAUGGUACAUGCCCAAAGUGGCUAUGGUUCUUUGUCAGAGCGCCCCCUUUAUGGUUUAAGAGAGGAGCUUGCGCCCAAAUACAUGCCUGAGCGAUUAUCUAGUCAACAUGAUCAAUCAAGUGCACCAGAAAGGAACGUGACAUAUGGGAACAAGGAGCGUGGAUUUGACACAUCUCGGCCUCCUUCUCCACUUGUAAGAAGUGGAGGGGCGACUUCCACACAAAAUGUGGCUCCUGACAGGAUCUGGCCAGAAGAACGUCUGCUGGAAAUGUCUAUGGCUGCUAUCAAGGAAUUCUACAGUGCGAAAGAUGAGAAAGAGGUUGCUUUGUGUGUGAAAGACCUGAAUUCACCUGGCUUCUAUCCAUCAAUGAUCUCACUUUGGGUUACUGACUCCUUCGAGAGGAAGGAUAUGGAAAGGGAUCUUUUGGCAAAGCUUAUAAUUGGUCUAACUCUUUCUCGAGACGUGGCAAUAAGUCAAGAUCAGUUAAUUAAAGGGUUUGAAAAUGUUCUGACUAGCUUGGAGGAUGCAGUAAAUGAUGCCCCUAGAGCAGCCGAAUUUCUUGGUCGCAUCUUUGGGAAGGUAAUAUCGGAAAAUGUGAUACCGUUCAAUGAAAUAGGGAGUUUGAUAUACAAAGGCGGAGAAGAGGAAGGACGGCUUGUGGAAAUAGGGCUUGCUGCUGAAGUUCUUGGGAGCACAUUGGAGAUGAUAAAGGUCGAGCAAGGUGAUUCUGCAGUUUCGGAGAUUUGCAGAAGCUCUACUAUGCGGCUUGAGAACUUUCGGCCUCAAGGUUCAAAGAAGCAAUGGAAGCUAGACAAAUUUAUUUAGGGUUUUAAUAGGUGGGGGAAGGAAUUGUAUCUUGGUAGAGAUUCAUGUCUAGUUUUAGGCCACAUUUUAAUUUUGCAGAUAUAUAUUUAAAUGGUGAUCAAUAUAAGGGUUUCAUGUCUUUUUUUCUUUUCUUUUUUCGGAACUGCAGUAGCAAAUAGGAUCAACUCAAGUGUUUUUUUAAUACCAUCAUUAUAAAAUUAUAAUUUUUUAA